CACCUGCCUGCCUCGCGCCAGAACCAAUCCAGCGGUCGCUCGGUGCGCACAGACAUACAGCAAGUUUCUGACGUCUGUUCUCGAAAAGAAAGGACUAAAUUCACAGGAUAUUUUUCACCUUUUUUAUUUUAUUAUUAAUUUUUUGUGAACUUCUGUGAAAGUGAAGCCUGCGUGUGAGCGCUCCGUGGAUGACGGAGGAAGUUACGCGUAAAGAGGGAAAUGAGGUUUACUGUGUGGGGGGGAUCUAAGGCUGUAAGUGACAGUGAGUGAGACGUUAACAUCAUUAAAAAAUGAGGGAGACCCCUCUUCCCCCCAGUAUGGAUCAGAGCUCAUCUAAAGAGGUUAUCUUGCAGUUUAAGAUUCCUUAUCGACAAUCUUUGAGUCCGUAACACAUCCAGAGGGAGCGUCUUUAGCCUCAUCGCCUGACUUGCAGAGUGCUGAAAACAGAGGAGCUGGACUCUCUCUGAAAUACUCUCUGACUCUUCUCCUUGCUGCUCAGACGUUAACAGCAUCCGACAAGGGAAAGUAAAGACAAACAAACACUGUUCUAGUGUGUUUUUGUCAUGCAGAGGAGCUGACGGGCACAAGGGGAAAAGCAAAGUGACAGGUUGGCAGACUGUGAAAGCCCUCGCACUCACACUGGGUCACCAUGCCAGACGAGUCCCGGGGCAUCCAGGACGAGGGGAAGCCUGGAGCAGAAGCUUCGCAGCUGUCCUUGGUGCCAAAUAUUGUUGUCGUCUCCAACGACGGGGAGGGCAAAGUCAACGGGCGCAACAUCAUUGAGCUGGAGGACUUCACAGACAACUUAAAGCGCUCUGCUAAAAGCAGAAAUGGUAGCACAGGCAGCCUCGUCAUCGGAGGCGAGUCAGGACUCAGUGCAUCCCAGGUUUCCGUAGAGGUGGGAGUGGCCAAGACUGCACAGGCCCCCGAACCAAACAAAGCCAACUCUUUGGUGAGGGGAGCAGGUGCAGAUCGUGAUAAGCUACAAAGUGACAGCAGGGAUUCGAUGCAAAAGAACAGCUGCAGUGAUUCGGACUACGGCAGCUCAAAAUCCCUUCCCGGUUACGGUGGCGCAAGUUUAAGCGCUGAUUCCUGUGAUGAAGAGCUGUCUGAGCUCGAUGGAAAUGUAUUCGAAAAGGCUAGCCGGAUCUCUCCCAUCAAUCUGUCUGAAUCCAGCUUGAACACCUCUCAGCUUGAGCAAACCCCUAAAAACAGUCAUGACAACUAUAGCAUUGAUUCUAAAACUGACAUAACUACUAAAGCAAAAACGAAAAAUUCACUGAGUGGAAGCUCGCCAGAAUUACCCAGUGUUUCCCCCAGGGCCAGCCAAUCCGGAGACAGCAUCGACAUCAGGUGGGCCAACGAAGAUGACGAUCGACGAAGCAACCUGUCCAGGCAGACUGUGAUAGAGGGCGUGUGCUGCUGCUAUCAGGCCACCCACAGGGCUUGUCUGCAGUGCGUGGAGGAGACUCCGUUAAUGGUGUCUGGACUGGUGCUGACAUUGGUCUUCAGUUUGGUCAUUAUCAUCGUCCUCGCCGCCACAAGGACAAUAAGCGAACAUGUGGGCGCUCUGUCCAUUGUUAGCAUUGUUCUUUGCCUGAGCACGAUGCUGCUCGUCUGCCUGCCCUGGCUGGCCACGGUGAGGCGCUGUCGAGGAGCGCUGGCCCUCUUCGUCUGGGGGAUACUAUACAUCACUGCGAUGGUCUUCGUCUUCACGGGCGGACAAGUGACAGCGUGGGAACAGGUCGCGUUCUUCCUCUUCCUCUCUCUCAGCGUGUACACGGUGCUGCCUCUCUCGCUGGCCUGGGCCCUCAUGGUCGGGAUAGGGACCAGUGUUUCGCACGUCAUCAUCAUCAGCGUCUACGUUCCUGUCACCAGACCAGAGACACCAGAUCUGGCUGUGCAGCUGGUGGCGAACGCUGUGCUGUUUGCAUGCGUGAACGCCGUGGGAGUUUUUCACCUGUACAGGACUGAGAAAGACCUCCGGAUAUCCAAUCAGAAGCGAGAGGAGUUCAGCGCCAUACGCUCCCAGAAGGAAAUAAAGAAAUAUCAGCAGGAGCAGCUCCUGCUGUCCGUGUUGCCACGGUACAUCGCCGUGGAGCUGAAGACGGAGGUAAUAAGCAGGCUGUCGAAUCCCAAGAGCGACGACGAGAAUAAAUCAACUUCAAACAACUUUCACAGCCUGUAUGUACGGCAGCACAGAGACGUCAGCAUCCUGUACGCCGACAUCGUGGGCUUCACGAAGCUGGCGAGCACCUGCACACCCGAAGAGCUGGUCGCUGUGCUCAACAAGCUCUUCGGCAGAUUCGACGAGAUCGCCAAGAGGAAUGGGUGUCUUCGCAUUAAGAUCCUGGGGGAUUGCUACUAUUGUGUGUCUGGUCUGCCUGACCCCAUUCCCACCCACGCCAAGAACUGUGUUAAGAUGGGGUUGGACAUGUGCACUGCCAUCAGUAACCUGCGAGAGGCAACCGGGGUGCAGAUCAACAUGCGAGUAGGCGUUCACACGGGCAACGUGCUCUGCGGCGUAAUUGGCUUGCAGAAGUGGCAGUACGACGUGUGGUCAGAUGACGUCACCUUAGCCAACCACAUGGAGUCCGGAGGUCUCCCUGGGCGAGUCCACAUCACAGAGGAGACGCUCCAACACUUGGACGGAGCGUACGAAGUUGAGGAUGGGGACGGGGGGAGUCGGGACCAUCUUCUGAAGGGCAGAAAAACAUACCUGGUGAUCGACCCCAAGAAGCCACACCGUCCUCCCAGGAGGCACGGACUGCCCAGCCAUCUUACUCCAGGGGAGAACAGGCAGCGAGCGUCACUGCGGAUGUCUCAGUACCUCCAGUCCUGGAAGAGCGUCAAUCCCUUCGAAGGCCUAAGCAACCCCGAGGCCAGACGGCCCAAGAAGUCAACCACCGAACGCCCGGUUUCACAAGAUGACUGUUUGGUCAUUGAUAACAGUGUUAGGGGAUCGCUGGACACGCUGGACAUUAAAAGGAAGAGAGCAAAGAAGCUCAACUGUUUGACUCUGCUGUUCAACGAUAUCAACUUAGAGAAACAGUUCCGCUUUUCAGAAGUGGAAGGUUUGCACCACUCAAUGAGCUGCUUAGGUUUAAUUUUCGUCGCUCUUUUCACCGUCCAGAUGCUGGUCUCUAAGACGAACUUCGUGAUGGCGGUGUCCUACGGUGUGACCUUUGCAGUGAUGGUGGUGUUCUUGUUCAUUGCUUUCACUGGAUACUUGGAGAAAUGGCGUUCCAAGAUGCCGGUGGGUGUCCAGUGGAUAUCUGGGCUAUCCCGCGGCGUCGCCACCAGGGCUGUGCUGCGGUUGUUUGUGAUCAUUAUCUGUGUGCUCAUCACUCUGCUGAUGGCCAUGCUCAACCUUCACUUCCUUCCUGGCAAUAACUGCACCAGCAUAGCCAACACCACAGUGUGGGAAAGUUUGAAACUCCACACGCUGCCUGCCCGGAGUCCUGAAGGACCCUCAAAUCAUGUCUGGGAUUUGGCUGUCCAUCUUUUACAUUGUAUGCAUCAUACUGGCCAGACAGGAUGAGCUGAGCUGCCGUGUAGAUUUCCUGCUGGAGCGCUGCUUCAAGACCGAGAGAGAUGAGAUGGAGACCAUGGAGAACGUCAACAAGCUCCUCCUGCAGAACGUCUUGCCACUCCACGUCGCCUCUUUCUUCGUGGGCAAAAACAUCAAUAACCAGGACCUGUACAGUCAGUCAUAUGACUGCGUGUGCGUGAUGUUUGCAUCGGUGCCUCAGUUCAAGGAGUUUUACAACGAGACGAGCGAAAACAAAGACGGCCUGGAGUGUUUGCGAUUCCUCAACGAAAUCAUAUCAGACUUCGAUGAGCUUCUUUCAAAGCCCAAGUUCUCCUCGGUGGAGAAGAUUAAGACCAUCGGCAGCACCUACAUGGCCGCUGCAGGGCUGACACAGUUGGCUCCGGGGGAUGAAAGAAAGAAAUGUGACAUGUCCUACAGCCACGUGCGCUCCAUGGUGGAGUUCGCCAUCGCUUUGAUGGCCAAACUAGAAAACAUCAACACACACUCUUUUAACAGCUUUAAAUUGAGGAUUGGGAUCAACCACGGCCCAGUGAUUGCAGGAGUUAUCGGAGCCCAUAAACCUCAGUAUGAUAUUUGGGGGAACUCUGUUAACGUGGCCAGCAGGAUGGACAGUACAGGAGUACUGGACAAGAUCCAGGUGACCGAGGAGACGUCCCAGAUGGUUCAGACUGUGGGAUACGGCGUCACUCUCAGAGGAAAAGUGAAUGUGAAGGGGAAGGGGGAGCUCACCACCUACUUUGUUAACACGGAUCACACGUCUCCUGAUUUCUGAUCAAGCCUUCACUGCAGGCCACGGCCCAGACACAAGCUGCAGGUGCUUGUUGUUUGUCUGUAGCAGCCAAGCUCACACUUGCAUGACUCAUUCUGGGGUUUUCUUUUUUUCUUUUUCCACACGGAGAAACACAAUCAGUGUGAAGGACUUAAAAUAAAACACCACUGUAUGUUCAGCCAGGCCGGCAGUCGUUAUAGACACCUGCACGGCCUCUGUGUGAUGUGACGGCAAAGGUCAACACCCGGCAAUCAUUCACAUUCACCGAAGAGAAGCCACCUCAGACUGGUCAAAGGAAGGCGCACAACUGCAAGCAAGCAGCCGAAAGCAGGGAGCUUUCCACGCAUGCUGCCUACUGUUUCUGUACUGUAUCUGUGUUUCAUGUGAAACUGCUGCAGACACUUUUCAUUGUAUUAUUAUGAAAACAUUAAAUGAAAUAUGCUUUUUUUGGUACAUUGGUCGUGGCUGAAUCACACAAUACUCGUGUAUGAAGUUAUAAGGUACCAAAGAUCACUGCUGUCAUAUGAAGGAUCAUAUAGGAUUUACAUUUAGAGGAUUUUAUUUUAGAUUAUUUAUGUUUUUCACUACAGACAUUUAGGUUUUAGCUCAGAUAUCUUUACAUUUUUCACUUUUUUUUUUUUUUUACUGUAUUGCUGCAUUUGCUGUCUUCUGAUAUAAUGACUCGUCAUUGAAGGAAAAACACUGGCACCGCUCAUAACUUUAGCUACGCCUGUGAAAAGGGUUUAUAUGUGCAGCUGGAAACAGGUUUGGUAAUAUUUUUGCUUUAACCUGAGGGAAUCACAAGCUGUUCCAUGGGAUAGGAAAGAAAAAUAUUUGUGUAAAAUAUAUUUAUUUUUGCGAUUUUUUUUAGUUAUUGUUAUUAUUCUCUAACCUGUGCUUUUAUUGUGAAAUUCUGAAAAAAAUAAGGACUGGCUGGUCAUAUGUCCUCACUGCUGGAGCCAGAGAGAUUUAAUAAAACCAUAUAGCUCUGAAAUAUGAUUUAUUUAUCGAGUGUGGCCCCAUAGCUGUCAUUAAUUAUGCUGUAAAACAUCAGAAUAUCAGUAUAAUUACGCCAUUAAAAAAGAGUCACAUGAUGCACAUUUGGAAAUUUUGCACUUUAAAAAGACUUAUUUUAUGUUUUAAAGGAUCCUAUUCUGAUUGUGCUCAGAAUAUUUCUUCGUCUUCUUUUUUUGGAUGUGUAUUUCUGUGUAAGUUGAAGAAUUCACUCUAUUUAUAAGCUAAUAAAAAAACACAAAAAAAAAACACAUGUGGU